UGAUUCGCUGAUGAUGACUGGAUCACCGUUGUUCGUGUGUCCUGAUCGAUUGAUAAACAGGGACACGGCUAGAGUUAUAAGGGUGUGCUGUGAGUUUCAGUGACAGAAUCACCUAGUGCUAACAAGUACCUAGAUGGAUGGAUGUUACCUGUGACAGAAAAUGGAACCACAAUUACAUGAGGAUGAGAGUCAUAUACUCCGAGAUGAGGGGAACUUCAUCCAGAACGUUUCCCAGUUCUUUAACCAGGAGGCUUUGAGUGAUGUGAAACUGAAGGUUGGCGAUGAAAUGUACUACGCUCACAAGUUUGUCCUGGCCAAGUCUAGUGAUGUGUUCAGGACGAUGUUGUACGAGAGCCGAUGGUCACAAGAGAAUGAUAGUGAGUUUGAGCUCAAUGAGAGUGUGGAGUGUCAGAAUGUCUUUGACAAAUUUUUACGAUUCCUUUACACAGCUGAGAUUUCGAUACGGGUAGAAACAGCAGUAGGGAUUCUUUGCUUAGCAGAUAAAUACAACGUGACAUCACUGAAAAGCUUGUGUACAAUGUAUAUGGUUAAGAACAGUAAAUCACCAUGUGUUCCCAAUGCCCUGAGUUGGUACUCUUGGGCAAAAGCUCUGGGACUGGAUGAUCUUGUUAGCCAGUGUGCUAAAACCAUUGCCUGGAACACUGACAGUAUACUGAAACUUGAAGACUGGCCAGAUAUGGACUUUGAUUUCAUCAACGACUUGCUACAUAAUUCCGAGCUGGUGGUUUUGAGUGAACAUGCAUUAUAUCACGCACUGGUUAGCUGGCUUUUAGAUGAACAACGGGAAGAUUCUUUGAAACAAAAUGCGGAGAAGUUGCUUCCACUGAUACGCUUCCCGCAAAUGCUUGUUAAACAGUUGUAUGAGAUUGAACAUUCGGAUAUGAUGGAAAGGGAAGAAUGUAAAGAAAUUUUACAUGAACUGGUCGGGAGCGCGUACAGAUAUAGGUCACUGUGUCCCUCUCAGGUCGAACUUGGUCUUUCAUUUACCGGGCCUUUUUACAUGCCUAGAAAUUACAUAGAUCUGACCGUUGACUCUGUCAGGAUGCAAAAUACGCUGAGGUUCGGCAUUCAGGUGGAUGUUCGUACAUAUGCGGGCCCUGUUCCUUGUAGUCAAAGAGAAGGUGAAUGGAAAAUCACAUACCGAAAAAAUGUUGACAAUUGGAAUCUACAAGUCUUUUGUCAUGAAUCUGCCACAGUCAAUGGUGAAGCACGUGUUCAAGCUGCGGUCAUUAUAUACAAUGAGGACGAAAAAGUCAUUCAGGUCGAACAGGUGCCCACCUAUGUUUGUUCCCGUGGUAACCAUUUAGCCUUGAAUAUCAACGUGGAUAAUAUUGCUGAUUCUAAGGUGAUGGCACUACUGUUGAAGCCCGUGCCGAAGUAAAAGUCAAUUAAAAGUCCAAACUUCAGGAAACCCUCAAUUGGUUUGAUGCCUGUCUCACAAACUUGUGAUGUAUUGAAUUAGAUCUGUGAAUAGUACUUAUCAUUAUUGUAUGUCUUUUGUAUGGUCCAAUUUUUCUAUUUCAUCUUUAAGAUUUGUACGAUAUGAUUUCAGCCAUUUAUCUACAUAGCGUACCAUGAUGUAUGUAAAAGUAUGACAUCACAUUCCACAUUAUUGUUCCCCUUUGUGAUGACAUCACAUUCCACAUUAUAGUUCCCCUUUCUGAUGACAUCACAUCCCACAUUAUAGUUCCCCUUUCUGAUGACAUCACAUCCCACAUUAUAGUUCCCCUUUCUGAUGACAUCACAUUCCACAUUAUAGUUCCUCUUUCUGAUGACAUCAUAUUCCACAUUAUAGUUCCCCUUUCUGAUGACAUCACAUUCCACAUUAUAGUUCCCCUUUCUGAUGACAUCACAUUCCACAUUAUAGUUCCCCUUUCUGAUGACAUCACAUUCCACAUUAUAGUUCCCCUUUCUGAUGACAUCACAUUCCACAUUAUAGUUCCUCUUUCUGAUGACAUCACAUUCCACAUUAUUGUUCCCCUUUCUGAUGACAUCACAUUCCACAUUAUUGUUCCCCUUUCUGAUGACAUCACAUUCCACAUUAUUGUUCCCCUUUCUGAUGACAUCACAUUCCACAUUAUUGUUCCCCUUUCUGAUGACAUCACAUUCCACUUUAUAGUUCCCCUUUCUGAUGACAUCACAUUCCACAUUAUAGUUCCCCUUUCUGAUGACAUCACAUUCCACAUUAUAGUUCCCCUUUCUGAUGACAUCACAUUCCACAUUAUAGUUCCUCUUUCUGAUGACAUCACAUUCCACAUAAUAGUUCCUCUUUCUGAUGACAUCACAUUCCACAUUAUAGUUCCCCUUUCUGAUGACAUCACAUUCCACAUUAUAGUUCCCCUUUCUGAUGACAUCACAUCCCACAUUAUAGUUCCCCUUUCUGAUGACAUCACAUUCCACAUUAUAGUUCCUCUUACUGAUGACAUCACAUUCCACAUUAUAGUUCCCCUUUCUGAUGACAUCACAUUCCACAUUGUUGUUCUCCAUCUUGGAGAAAUUCAUUACCAUUUUUAAGUCGGUUACUACAAAACUUCACUGCUUUCAUGUAACAUUAGCUUUUUUGAAAUUUUGUGUUGUGAUUAUUUACAAACAUUAAAUGAUUUCUGUACAUUGAUUCUGAUGUUGUAGCUGCUGGAAAUAAUUUUAUAGUCUUCUCAACUAAUUUUUGACGUAGAAUAUCAAAAAUCAGCAAUUGAGAAACAAUUUGUCUGUGUGAAAUACUUUUUCUCCAAUUUUCAGAAUUGUGUUCACAAGUAAAAUCUACAUGAAUGCUCUUUAAAAAUCAGAAUUGUGAGAUAUCUGCAGCAUCAUAUGAUAUUUGAUCACUAAAUGUCGGACAGAAAUCUUUUGGACUAUAUUGACCCUACAGACAUGGUGUUAUUUGGAAUGUUUGGCCAUCAUUCUGCGUCCGUGGUCUGUUGUCAGUCCAUCGUCCGUCUGUCCGUCGGUCUACAAUUUUUGUUAUCACUAUUUCUUGAGAACUACUGUAUAGAUGUUUCUCAAAUUUCAUGUACAGGGUUCUUUAGGUCCCUAGUUGUGCCUAGUGCCUUGUUGAGUUUGGAACUGAUCAGAAAAACAAAUGAGCGGAGAGGACUGAUCAGAAAAACAAAAUGGCCAAAAGGCAGCCAUCUUGGAUUUUGCCUAGUAAAGAUUGUUAUUGCUAUUUCUAAAGAAGUAUUGAAUCGCUCAAAUUUCAUACAUAUUUCCCUUUGAUCUCUCCUUGUGCUCAAAGAUCCCGCUGGGAUCUCUUGUAGUUAAAACCCUACUGCUCUUUCUUGCCUGGAUGAAUUUCAACCAAAUUUGGUCUGAUGCAUCAUUGGACAAAGGUAAUCAUUUCUCCCAUUCAGAAUUUUGAUUCGACCCCUAGGGGUCGGGGGAACGGGGCCCCAAAGUUGGAGGUGCUGAAAUUAGAUUUAAAACCCUACUCCUCCUUUCUGCCUGAGUGGAUUUCAACAAGCUUUGGCCUGAUUCAUCAGUUAGGGUAGGCAAUUACUUCUUAAAUUCAGAAAUUUCAUUUGACCCCUAGAGACUUGAGGACUGUGCCCCAAGAGGGAAAAUAAGACAAUGUUUUGCUUCGAAACACUUCUCCUUUUUAAUGCUUUAAUGGAUUUUAACCAAAUUUGGGCCGAAACAAUUGAGAGUGGAGAAUUAUUUCUCAAAUACCGGAGGUUGAUUCAACCCCAAGAGACCUGGGGAUGGAUGCAGCUCCAAAGGGAAAACCAGUAGAUAUUGCUUCAAAAUGCUACUCUUUGUUAAUGCUAAACCAAAUUUAAUCUAAGCUAUCAUUCAGAAAGUUGAACAACUCCUAGUUAAUAGGAAUAACUUUGAUCUGCUUGAAAGGUCACAGGGGUCAAAUGUGUUGAAAUGCAUAAAUAACUUCUUCUCAAUAACUGAAAGGCCAAGGAUGAUGAUAUUAGGCAUGUAGCAUGCUAGGAUGAAGGGCUACCAAAUUUGUAAAUAUGAAUGAAAUUGACCCACUUUCAAGGUCACAAGUCUCAAAUACGCUAAAAUGAUUAAAUGACUUCUUCUCAAUAACCAAAAGGCUCAGGGUGCUGAUAUUGGACAAACUUUCAAGGUCACAGGGGUCUAAUGUUUUGAAACCAAAUAACGGAAAGGCCAAGGGUCUUGACACUGGGCCUGUAGCUUGCUUUUUCAACAAGUAAUACAUCCGGAAAUUGUGAGUGCAUGUAUAAAGAAUAUGAUUUCAAGUUUGCAGAAAAUUUUUUGAUGAACCAACAAUGUCUUCUAUGUAAGUUGUAGAGUAGUUGAGCAAUUUAUUUUAGGCUUAUUUUGCCUCUUUCAUAAAUAGGUCUUUAUUGCCAGAUGGCAGUUAAGGCCCAUGGGCCUCUUGUUUGAUGAUUGAUAAUAUGUUCUCUUACCCUGCGCAGGUAAAUUCAUGCUUUUUCACUGUGUGAAAUUUCCUUGUCUUGCUGUAGACAAGCUACACAAUUUGUUGCACAGACAAAAACAAUUGAAGUGACGUCACUGACAUGAUCUCAGUAGUUGAACUACUUUUAUGAGUUCAUGCACAUACACUACUUUAUCUGCUACUGAAAUCUGGUGUUAUCCUCAAAACUAAAAAUCAUAGGUGUCAUUAAGAUUGAAAUUCAUCUUAAUCCACAACUUAUUAUAAAAUAUAUAUAUAACAUAUCAAGAGAGUAAUUUUAUCUAACAUUUUAUUUGCAUGUACCAAAGAAUUUUAUGAUAUGUAACAUUAAAUUACAAUGCUGCGCCUUGGUCACUGUUCAUACAUGUUUUGGUUUACACACAAUAUGCUUCGUCUUGCACUCAAGACAUGGAAAACAGGGUGAAAGGAAAAUAUUCAUUCACCCCUUUUAGGAUGAGACAGGGGGAUCUCAACCUUCUGGGGAAGAUUAUUAAGUUUUCAGAUACUCGGCAAGUCUUGUGUUUGACAACUCUAUAACCUCCUCUUCGGGUUGAGAUCCCUCUAUCUCCUCCAAAGGGAAUGAAAGAUUCUAUUGAUCUUCUUGGAGUUUACACAAAAGAUUUUUUUCUGUUUUUAUUUCACAAAAUAUAGAAUGUUUCUCUCCUAAUUUAUCUAAACACAAACACUGUUAUUUUUGUCUACUGUAAUUAGCAUAGUUUAUGCUGGAUGUAAUGGUUACUAAUUGGCUGUAUAACAUGUUAUAUUUGAUGUUUGAUGAAGAAUUUUAAUCACAAUAAUGAAGCCUCUGAGAGAGAGGUGAAACUAGUAGACCGAAUAAAACCACACUCAACUUUUAGCUCGCGAGUAUGUUGUGAUUAAUAUCUUCAUCAAACAUACUUCUAGUCGUUGUUUAAUCACCCUGCAUACCUGUGGUGUCCAAACUCACAUCGAAAUACCCACCUAAUCUCCCCUCAUUCACAUCGGACAUUGGCUUCCUCCCUUUUCAGUUUCUUGAGAACAUAUGUUAUAUGAUAUAUUCAUGUCAUCAUUCAGCAUUCAUAAAAUUCCAACAAUCAAAGAGAUGGUGCUUUUCUUCAGUCAAUUCCAAUCUAUACGAAAUAUAAGUGGGAUGUUUCUAUAUCAUACUAGUUAAUUAUCCACCUUGAUGACUUCACCUGUUCAAGUUCAUUUUUGAAAAUGUUAAUGCACUGUGGGUAUUAAGAUUUAAUGGAUUAGAAAUAAUGUAUGUAUUUAUACCUUACUAGUGCACUACCCUUUAUUUUAUAAGAACAUAAGAGUUAUCUCCCUUCUGAUAAUCCAUUAUUUCGACACUGACAAACAAACCAGUUUCAGGCUUUAACGGAUAUUGUUUACCUGAACUUACCUACCCAGAAAAAAUUAAAAAAAAAAAAAAAAACAAGCAGAUUUUUUAUGUAAAUUGUCAAUAAAAUGAGAUGAUAUUUUCCUGGCAAAAGCAUUUAUGGUUGAUUUUAGACGUACACCAGGCCAGCAGUCUACGCGUUUAGUUGUCAAAGUCAAAGGUUGAACUGUGAAGGGACACAUGUCUAAGUAGGACACACAAGUGUAUGUAAUUUUUGGUUAUGCAUUUCGUUCACUUUGUUUUCCUCAGGUAGGGAGUUCAGGCUGUGUAACACAUAUAGGUUGUAUGACAAUUAUCACCACUUGUAAAAUCAUUAUAUAACUAAUUAGAAUGGGUGUCCUUAAGAUUGAUUCUAUCAUAAUCUGGUAAUUACUGAUUUUUAUAUGAGUGCAAUAUAAAUAUACUUAUUUAUUUUGACAACAUACAAUAUAUGUACAU